AUGUCGUACGAAAGGGAACAGCAUCGUCUAGAAUCGCUUCUUCAUGAACUGCUUGAUGACGACAGACCAUCAAUGUCUUCAGACAGUGAAGCUGGAAGUGACAUCGAACUGGAGAAUCCUUCACCAAAUGACAUACAGGAUUCGAACAGCGAAGAGGAGCUAAGUGACCGAGAAGCUUCAGGUAACGACAGCGCCUUUUAUUUAGGAAAGGAUAAAAGUACGAAAUGGAGCAAAGAAUCUCACCGCCAAUCUGUCCGUACUAGAAGUUUCAAUAUAAUAACUCAGUUACCAGGACCUAAACGAGUUAUAUCUAGUGAAAAGGACCCUCUUGGAAUUUGGAGACACUUCUUUGACGAUACUAUAAUUAAGAUUAUUGUCGAAUAUACCAACCAAUACAUUGCUUCCGUGAAAGAUAAUUACGCUAGAGAAACGUAUGCAAAACAGACUGAUUUCAACGAGGUAUAUUGCUUGAUUGGUUUGCUUCUAUUAGCCGGAGUGAAAAAAUCGAAUCACCUGAAUGCUGAAGAGUUGUUUCGAACGGAUGGUGGUUCAGUGGAAAUAUUUCGGUUUUCAAUGUCUGCCCAGAGGUUUCAAUUUCUUCUACGAGCUUUGAGGUUUGAUGAUAGUACUACAAGGAUACAAAGAAAAGAACUAGACAAAAUUUUCCACAUUUGA